AUGGAAAAACGUGUUUUAAAGUUUGAAUAUGACAUUGGAACAUCAAGUCGUACAACAAGUGGACAAACAAAUGAAGAAGUUGGUAAAGCAAUGGAACUUGUUCAACGUGAACGUGAUCGUGAUGUUAAAGAAAAAGAAGAAUUACGUCAUUUAAAUGAUCGUUUUUCACAUUUUCUUUCCAAUAUUGAACAAUUAAAACGUAUCAAUGAACAAUUACAAGCACAGCUAAAAGAUGAAUUUUCAAAAUGGGGAAUUUUACCACGUGAUGAAAAUGAUUUACAACAAUUAAUUAAUCAAAUCAAUGAUCGUGGUAUUAAACGUGCUACGGAUGAAGUACGUUCACGUGCUGCUGAACAAGAAACAGCUGUUAUGAAUCGUACAGUUGCAUUAUAUGGAAAUAUUCAAGAUAUGUAUAAAAGUCGACAAGAUAAUUUACGUAAUCUUGUUGAUCGAUUACAAGAUGAAUUAAAUCGUAUAAUACAACGUGAACGUGUAAGUGAAGAAGAAACUUCAAGUACACGUGAUGAUUUAAUAAAAGAAUUUAAUAAAUUUCGUGAACGUUUACAAGAUUGGUUACGUUUAGUUAUUGAUAAACAAACAUUAUUAGAUGAUAUACAAUCAUUACGUGAACGUCUUAAUUUAGUCAAUGCAUUGAAUGAAGAAGAAAUCAAUGAAUGGAAACGUUUAUUAGAUCAAUCAAAAGAUGAUUCAAUAUCAUUUUAUCGAGAAGAAUUAACAAAUGCAAUUCGAGAUAUUAAACGUGAUUAUUCUAAACAAGCUAAAAAAUUUCAAGAUGAACUUGAAUAUCAAAUUGAAGGACAAUUACGUAUGGUAGAAAAUCAACUUAAACAAAUGCCUGGAGUAUCAGAAACUUCAAUACAUGAAAUGGAAAAAAAUCGUUUACAACAAAUGGAAGAAACAAAAUUACGCACAACUAUGGAAGAUUAUGAUAAGGAACAAAUACGAUUGAAUGAUUUAACAAAAAUUUUAUCAGAUAAACGUCGUUUAUUACGUGAUGAAGAAGGUAAAUUACAUGAAAUGGAACGUAAAAUCCGUGAAAAACAAUUUCAUGAAAGAACAAUAGUUGAAAGACUUAAAACUGAAUAUGAUGAUUUACGUGGACGUUUUGAACAUAUGGCACAUGAAUUACGUUUUAGUAUUGAAGAUGAACUUAGAAUUUAUUCACGAUUACUUGAUGAACUUAUGAAAAAAUCAUCAUCUACAACUACAUCAUCAUCAUCAUCAUUUCAUACAAAUCAAUCAGGUUUAAAUUCAACAACAAUUCGAUCAAGUAGUAUUGAAGAUCAUACUGCACCAUCCAUUUUUCAACAUUUACAUACUAGUACAAGUGGUUUAUUUGAUUUAGCUGGUACUCAUAGUGGAUGGUCACAAAUACCAAAUUUAAGUAUUAGUGCUGAGAAUUUAUUUCGAACAAAUGAAACAGAAAUUCAAGAAACAUUUGAUGGUGAAUCAAUAAUUAGAUCUUCAUCAUAUUCUACAUUAAAUUAA